UCCAUCAGCGCCUACCUUCGCAGACUUUCCGAUAACAUUCCGAAGCGGAGCCCAAGCAUUGCAUUCGUGCCAGAAGGCAGUACACGGUCACCGUGUCCAGUUUCCUGCUCCAUCGCGUUUACAGCCCACGGCGGUUCUUCUAUAUCUGGAUUUUCCAUGGCCGAGGAACCGAACGACCCUGCUGAAAUCCCCUUGCAAUUGCUGGAGCCACUAAUUCCGCAGGCACCUCAAGGCGCAGUGGCACAUCAAGAGCUGGCAGAGAAUGACCAGCCUUCGAGACGUUUUUGCCGUGAGAAGGAUAAAGCCUGCUGUAGGGUGUCUGUCGCACUCAUUUCAUCUUUCAUAAUCGCUUUAGCAAUUUACGGUGCCUACAACUGGUUUACUUGCGAUAGUAGUCAGCCAGCACGUCCUCCGCGCCCCUCAUCACUGACUAAAGAAAUGUCGCCAUGGCUCCGAUGGGAUUACCGAGACGGAGACGUGCGCGUGCCCCGCAUCCUGGUUUGGACCGACCCGCCUUCAGAGAUUUCCGAGGCUCCCAGCAUCGGCGCAGCGUCUGGCCUAGGGGCGUCGAAGGACUCCACACCUCAACACUCGUACUGGACCUCGUGCCAUUUCAUCACCAACUACCCCUAUGACGUUCCGGAGCAGUGCGCAGUUACCAACGACCGGCGCCUUCUCAUGGAAAGCGACCUGAUUGUUUUCCAUGCUGACCGCGUGAACGCCAGUGACUUCCCCAAAAAGCGCUCUACUGGCCAGUUGUGGAUUUUCUUGGCGCGCACUCACCCGACAGCGCCGACCUUUGUUGGUGACAUUGGUCUUCUGGGCGCAAUCUCCGACGUCAGAGUGAAUGUUUCACCCUCGGCGCUGCCGAUGCAGUUGUCGCGAGUUUUUAACUGGACCAUGUCCCGACGAGAGGAUGCCACCGUACCCAUUGUUCACAAGAAUUUUGGCCCUGGCUUCCUAUCCAGCGGUAAUUUGUCAAUAUCAAGCACCAACCCCAGUGGCUGGUCUCCUAUGCCCACAAGGCUGCACGCAGCCUGGAUCGCCUCUGAUUGCGAACGGCAAAGAUUCCGGGAAGAACAGCAGAAGCUACGUUCUCUUAACGAUGGCCUGCACUACCUAAACGAUGUGCCCAUACGCCUGCAGGUACUGCCCAACUGUGGUGCCGGUCAGUGCCACUCACUGGCCGACUGCGUAGCGCAGGUCGCCAAGAACUUCAAGUUCAUCGUAGUGGCCGCGAUGCCAGCCUGCUUCCAGAGCGUCCACGAACUUGUCUACGAGGCGUUCGAGCACGACCUUGUUCCGAUCGUGCUUGCGUCGUCCAACAUCACGCUCAACGUGCCACCUAAGUCGGUGGUAAACGCGGCGGACUGGCUGGGGCCCGGCCGUUUGCACGCGCACCUGCGGACCCUCCUGGACCAUCCGGCCGAGUAUGAGAGCUAUUUCGCCUGGAAACGAAGCUUUACAGUGUCCACACUCGAGGACGAGCUGUGCUCACUGUGUCAAGCUUUCCAGAAGGGAAAUUUAACCGUGGGUCCAACAAGACUGGACGUCCGGGAGUGGUGGGAGCUUCGCGCCAGGUGCCGUGUCGAACCCCUGUUUGGCGUCGAUGCUCUCACGGUCGUUUCAGACUUUCCUACUUUGGCGAACGUGUCCCCAAAACGUUAGCACACGCGAUUAGUCUUACACGUGUCCUGAAAUAACCUGCGGACAUGGCGAGUAUUUCAAGAGCCGGUGUGUAAACGGGUCUUCGAACACGUCACUCGGCCCUAUUUUAUUUGUCGUUAUUGCUCUUCUCUACAGCCGAAUAAACGAUUUCUGAAUAUCGCGCCUUAUAA